AUGAUUUUAAAUCAUACAAAUAUAAAAAAACGUGAUCGAAUUCUUGCAAAAGUUGUUGAAAAACAAGCUACUAUUACUGAAACACCUGAUGUUCCACGAGUUAUACAACAAUCUGUAUCAGAUAAAGUCAAAUUAAAAUUAAAAGAUGAAGCUGCUGUUGAUCCUGAUUCAUAUUUAAGAUUUUCUAAAAACAAAAUCUUUUUUUUCUGUAUUUCUUUGAUAUUUAAAGGCCUUCAAGAUACUUAUCAUGUUCUUAAAGAUACAGAAACUGGUGGAAUAUUUACUGCUGUUCUUGGUCUUGUCUAUAUAAUACGUGGAACAAAUUUUUAUUAUAAAAUGCAAUUACUCGAAUCUGAUAAUGGUCAACAAUGA